GUGAAGUAGAACUAUACGAGGGUUUCUUUUGUCAUUACACACCUAAGAGCAACAGUGCAACUUUAUUCGUUGUCGCUCUCCGUCCCUCUCAAAAACCCCCAAAUCCUGACACCCAUUCUCUCACAUUCGCUGUAAGGCAAAUUAGGGUUACGCCUCGGAUCCGACCGUCGCCGAUGGCCGAUAUUCUAAACGCCUCCGAGGAGGACCUCGACCGUCGCCGAGAAGAAAACACCAGCACCGACAAGGCCUCCGUCGCCGCGCCUGUCGACGCUGGUCCCGACGCCGCAUCGCCGCCCCUCCCUCCGCCACCGCCGCCGCGAAGAGGCGUCCGAGACCGUGGGCGCGAAUCCAGAGAGCGUCGUGACGACAGGGACUUUGACCGGCCCCCUCGGCGUGAGUACUAUGACCGGAAUCGAUCCCCGCCUCCACCGCCGCCACGAGAGAGGGACUAUCACAAGCGCGGCAGGCUGAGCCCCAGCCCUCCGCCUCCCCCUUACAGAGACCGACGUGGAGGGGGCCCGCAUUCUCCGCCUCCAAGGAGAUCGCCCCCGUUUCCUCCAUACAAGAGAAGGAGGGACGAUGUUUAUGAUGGAAGGAGGGGAAGUCCCAGAGGAGGGCGUGGGCCAGGGGACCGAAGAUUUGGGUAUGAUUAUCCUGGUGGAUACGAGCGUGAGACUGGAGGCAGAUAUCAUGCUGAAAGGCCUCAUGGUCGCUACAUGGGCCGUGGUGGCUAUCAAGGUGGUCCAUCUGAAUGGGGUUCUGGUCGUGGUGGUUUUGCUGACGCUUUUAACGUGGGACGAAUGCAAAGGGAAGGAAUGAUGUCUUAUAAGCAGUUCAUUCAGGAGCUUGAAGAUGAUAUAUUACCAGCUGAAGCAGAGCGCAGGUACCAAGAGUACAGGACAGAGUAUAUAUCGACCCAGAAAAAAACUUAUUUUAAUGCCCAUAAGGAUGAGGAGUGGUUAAAAGACAAGUAUCAUCCUACAAAUUUGAUUGCUGUUAUUGAACGGAGGAAUGAACUUGCAAGGAAAUUAGCAAAGGACUUUCAACUUGACUUGCAGAGUGGGACUUUGGAUGUAGGUCCCAGUUUUAGUACUUCAUCAAACAAAGCUGAAGAGCCAGGUGAGCCUAAUUCGGAAGACGAACCAGAUGCCGCUGGUAAACAAAGGCGGCCUGGUCGUGCAGGUGCCAAAGAACCUGAUAGUUUGUCUGCCCCAAAGGCCCACCCCAUAUGUACUGAGCCCAGACGAAUUCUAAUCGAUAUCGAACAAGCUCAGGAUCUUGUACGGAAACUCGACACUGAGAAGGGAAUCGAGGAUAAUGUCUUGUGCAGAGCUGAUAACAGCAGAACAGGCAGAGAUAAGUCGCAUGGGAGUUCGAGUGGUCCUGUUGUCAUCAUACGUGGACUGAAUACAAUCAAAGGCCUCGAGGGUACCGAGCUUCUGGACACCAUUCUCACUUAUCUUUGGCGCGUUCACGGGGUCGACUAUUAUGGGCUGGUUGAAUCGAAUGAGGCGAAAGGCCUACGUCAUGUGAGGCUGGAAGGCAAGAUUUCCGAGAGUGCCGUUAACGGUAGUGAGUGGGAAAAGAAAUUAGAUUCCCGGUGGCAGGAGAGGCUGAAGGGUUCGGAUCCUUUGGAGAUUAUGACUGGGAAGGAGAAGAUAGAUGCAGCUGCUGCUGAAGGUUUGGACCCAUACGUCCGCAAAAUCAGAGAUGAGAAAUACGGGUGGAAGUAUGGGUGUGGGGCAAAAGGCUGUACGAAGCUUUUCCAUGCUGCUGAGUUUGUUCACAAGCAUUUGAAGUUGAAACACCCGGAGCUUGUGACGGAACUCACAUCGAAACUGUGUGAGGAGCUGUAUUUUCAGAACUACAUGAAUGAUCAAAAUGCACCUGGAGGGAUGCCCAUCAUGCAGCCGUCCUUGAAGGAGAAGUCGCAGAGACGAAGGCCUGGCAUGGAUAAUAGAUUAAAAGAUGAAAGGGGAAACACUUGGGAAAGGGAUGGUCGUGCCAAUAGCAACGGACGAUUUGAUAGGUCCGAAAAUCCUCAGUCUGGUGAUUUCGCCAAUGGCAAUGGGGACAAUGCAGAUGAGUCUAUGUUUGAUUCGUUUGGUGGGCAAGGUAUUCCAGUUGCGGCCUUCCCUUCGGAUAUAGCUCCCCCUUUGCUGAUGCCUGUUCCUGGUGCUGGUCCACUGGGGCCUUUUGUUCCUGCCCCUCCUGAAGUUGCAAUGCAAAUGUUGCGGGACCAAGGAGGUCCGGGCCCAUUUGAAGGCGGCAGAUCGGGACCCCCAUUAAGUGGAUCGUCUUCAAUAAUUGCCUUGCCGUCCACUCUUCGACAGGAUCCUCGGCGUUUGCGUAGUUAUAAUGACCUAGAUGCUCCAGAUGAUGAAGUCACUGUGAUAGACUACCGGAGUUUAUAGGAGAUUGGUCCAAUUAGAAACGAGAGCUCCCUUUUUUUCUCUAUUAAGUGCAGGUACAAAAGCAGCAGAUUUUGUGGUCCAUAUAGAUGCAAUGCUGGUCAAGCUAACUCAGUUUUCUGUUACUUUAUUGUGAUAUUACGUAAGUAUGCAGCCAGAUAUGUAGAGAACUUGGAAACUCUGGGUGGGGUUGAAAAAUUCUGGAUGCCUCUUACACGGUCAGAGGGGUGUUGGCAUUGACUAUUAUCAGCAAAAGCAGACAAGGGGAGGAUUGUUUUAAACUAAGCUCGUACUAAUUACUUUGUUAGUGUAUUUGGCUGCAUAUGUUUGUGCUAUAAUUUAUUU